CAAACUUUAAAUAGUACGUUGUUGCCUAAAAAAUGAAAGAGUAGUUUCAGCAUAUUUAACUGCUAUCAAUUUCUGUGAAGAUGUAAUGAAAAAACCUAAGCAUAAUUUUAACUUGUAAAGUUGCAAGUAUUUGUAGUCCGCGAAAUGACGGAGCCAGAAAUCGUGGAAGACUUUUAUGGAGUCUACCUUCUAUAUAACAUUAAUCCGAAAUUCAAAGGACGGACUUAUAUUGGGUACACGAGAGAUCCUAAUAGGAGAAUUAUGCAGCAUAAUAGAGGCUCUUGGGCUGGUGGAGCUCAUCGAACAAGUAACAGAGGACCUUGGAAAAUGGUUAUGAUUGUUCAUGGUUUCCCGAAUAACAUAUCAGCAUUAAGAUUUGAAUGGGCGUGGCAAAAUCCAAAUAAAACUACAAGACUGCAGCAUCUCGAUUUAAAAAAAAUACCCCGGAAAGAAUCAGAGUUUCAAUUCAAAUUAAGGGUUUUAUCUGAAAUGUUAGGAGUUGGUCCUUGGUGCCGAUUACCUUUGGUGAUAAGGUGGUUGGAAAAUGAUUACUUUGAAGAGUUUCCAUCUGAUAAAGCACCGCCAGAUCAUAUGAUAACGUGUCAUGGUCCAAUAAAAAGUAAGAACCUCAAGAGAACUAAACAAAUAAAUACAAUACCUACCAUAGAAUGCUUAAUAUGUUCUGGGUACUUAAAAGACACCGAAAAACUGUGCUGUACUAACCCCAAUUGCGAUUUAGUCGCACAUAUAUGUUGCUUGGCCGAAAUGUUUCUCUCUCCCGGUGAAUAUAUACCUAUAAGCGGUCGUUGCCCAUUUUGUAAUGUGAAAUUAAAAUGGGGUGAUCUGAUAAGGACAAUGAGAGGAUGUAGUCAAGUGAUCACCGAUGAUGAUGGAGGCGAUAAGGAAGUUGAUGAUGAACUUGAUGAAAAUGUAAUUUGUACUCAAGAUAAGGGCUUUGUUGAUAAUCCUUCGUGGUUUCUUGAUUGUAAUGAAGAUUUAUGAUAUAUUAAAUAUUUG